AUGGGAACAGUUUCUUUAUCCAUACAACUCUUCGUUGUUUUUCUGAUUACAUCAUGUUUAUUGAAUAAGUAUUCAACUAUUCGGAAGCAGAAUAUUAUUGUGACUAUUUCUACAUUUAUUGGAUGGUUUUUCUCAUUGAUUAUUAUAUUCGUUUUACCACUGGAUGUUGCAAUUGUAAGUUUUUCUCAUUUUUUUGUUUUUGUAAAAAAUAAAUAUAUUUUUUCAGACAUUUUACCAUAAAUGUGAAACCGAUCGAGUAAGAUUGUUGAACGAAUCAAAGAUUGCGCCAGAUUGUGAACUUCCGGGAGGAUAUGUUCCAGACGAAACACUUUUCGAUCUUUGGAGUAUUGUUUAUUGGACAGCACAAAUUCUAACUUGGCUUAUCCUCCCACUCCUCCAAAGUUAUGUCACCGCUGGAGAUUUCACUACUUGUGGUAAAAUAAAAGCAUCAAUUCUCAAUAAUUUAUUGUAUUAUGGUCUAUAUUCACUAUGUUUUCUGGCAUUAUUGAUUUACGCAAUGUUCCGAGGAGUUUCAAUUAAUUAUGAUAAUUUGAAAGUUAUCAUUGUAUCUGCAUCAAAUACUUGGGGCCUGUUUCUGUUGGUUGUGUUAUUGGGUUAUGGUCUUGUAGAAUUGCCUAGAAGUCUUUGGUAUCAUGGAAAUCGACGUAUGUUUUUUUUUCAAAUGAAAAAUACGAAUUACUUUAUGAAUAUUCAAAAUUACAGAUUAUCGUUUGAGAAAAACAUAUUUUGACAUCGAAAAACUUGCGUCAGAAAAAAGCGAAGCUGAAGAAAAUGUGAAAGAAUUAUACAAAAAAAUUCGCACAAUGAAACAAGACAAUAUCAAAGUGAAAACAAUAUUAUCGAAAUUCGAUGAUUCAUUGAUUUCUAAACUUCUACCAUCAAGACAAUCUAUUCCACAAGAAUCGGAAAAUAAUAUGACAAUUGUUUCUGAGAUUCGAUUAAUCAAUUUACAUCGAAAUUCAAUCAAUGCAAUUCAAGCUCUAAACAAUGCAAAUGCUCAAUGGAAACUUCUUGUUGAUCGCGCACUUUUCCUGGAAAAUCUAGCACUUUCGAAUGGCACAGAUUUGGAAUUGGAUAGACGUGGAAUAAUUCCAGUAGCAAUUCGAAAAAUAUGGUAUACGAAAUUGCAAACACCGUUGAGUAAAGCAUUGUCGGUGAUAUUUGGUAUAAUGACUCUUUUUGUAUUAUUAUCCGAAUGCACAUUUUUCGUCGUUUCUCCAACUCUUUCACCAGCUGCUUUGGUUACUGAAUAUGCGUCGAAUCGAUUUCAUUAUAAAUAUACACAAUUUGUGGCUUUUGGGAUUAUUGUAUAUUUAUGUUUGUGUGCGUAUUUCACAAUUUUCCGUCUUCGAAUUUAUAAAUAUUAUCAUCUCGAUCCAAAUGGACUGACUGACGAAAACAGUAUUCUAUUCAGCGCCAUGUAAGUUUUUUUAAAUAUAAAUUCUAUAAAUUUUUAAUGUAUUUCAGACUUUUGUGCCGUUUGACACCUCCAAUUUGUCUCAACUUUUUGGGAAUGAUUCAUAUGGAUUCGCAUAUUUCAAUGGCACGAGAUUUUGGCGUUGAAACACAAUUCACAAAAUUGAUGGGACAUUUGGAUGUGAUUCCAAUUCUUGCAAAAGGGAUCAAUAUAUAUUUACCAAUUUGUAUUAUUCUUAUAUGCGUUAUUCAUUAUUAUAAGUGAGUUUUACAGAAUAUUAGGAGAUUUUUUUUAAACUUGAGUACUUUUAAAGCCUAAUCAAAAGUUUUCACUUUCUGGCGAGGCUUCAGAUAAAUUGAUUCAAUAGAAAUACAUUCAAAUUUCAGAGUUGGAACCUACCUUCUUCAUUCUUUGGGAUUUGAUCAAUUUGUAGAAUCUGACGAUAUGACAAAUGAUAUGAUAAAUGCUGGAAGAUCACUAGUUCAAAUUGAAAGAAACUCGUUGAGACGAGAUAAUGAAAGAAUUCAAAGGAAUGAGAGAUUCAAUAUGAGAAAUAGCACGAUUGCAGCGAAAUAUUCGAAACGUGAGUGAUUUUUUUUGAAUAGUGUUUCGCGCCGAGAAUUGUUUUUUGAUCUACAACAGAAAGUUUUGUGAGACCUGGAAAACUUCUGUUAUUUACUCGGUUAAAGUGGUGCGCCAUUUGGGGCGACGUCGCAUGCUAAAUUUGAUAAAAAAUUUUGAUGCGACGUUGCCUGAAACAGCGCCUCAUUUUAUGCGCUGUUUGGGGCGACGGCGCGCAUUCCGGCGCUAUUUCGGGCGACGGCGCGCACUCGCACUACGGUAGGAAACAAAGUGUGCAAGCAUUUUAUAUGACGCGAACCUUUUUAUUUUUCUUUUUUUUGGGCGGCCUCUUUUUUGUUUGUGUUUUUCGAGGGUUUUCAGUAUUUUUUCAAAAGAAAUUGUGGUAAAGUGAUGAAAACCACGUUGAUUUUAUCUUUUUAUAUGUUAUUUGCUGCCGAAUAAGUAGAAAUCUCGGCUCUAUUACGGAGAAAAUGAUUUUCGAAAAGUUUUGUCAUUUUUCGGUGUAUUUUUUUCAAGCCGGAAUAUUUUAAUUAAGUAUUCAGAUUUACGAGAAAUUUUCCGGCAAGAUUUCAUUAUUUUUACGUGAACAUUAGACGUCAUUUCAUUUUCAGUUAAAUUCUUGAUCCUAGAGUCAGUUUUUUGUUUCUCUUUCGACCCAAUGGCAAUUUCCUAUUCGUCUGGCUUGUUUCUGCGAUAAGAUAGUUUUCAGAUAACCGGAAUCGGAAGUACGACAAUAAAUAACCAAUACAACAUAUGGUGGCGUCACAAAAAUCAUUUUGUUUUGCGCGCUCCUCAGGUUUGAUUUUUAUGUAUUGUCUUUCGAAAAUUCAAAAAAAAAUCGUAGGUUAAAUGAUUGAUUCUAGAUUGGAACAAUUUAAAUAUCAUGAUCAACAUCGAGACGGUCGAAAUGGAAACAGAUCGAAUGGUCAAUCGACUAGGAAAACAAGAGAUGGUAAGUGUUUUUCGAUAUGAAUCUCGAAAUACAGACAAUCGAAUACGUAAAAAGAUAGCGAACCAGCUGAUCUGGCAUACCUUCCUGCCGUAUAUCAACAUUUGACGAGAAUUAGAAUUUCAAAAUUUGAUUAAAUUUCGAAUUUUUCAUUAAAAAAAUUCCAAUAGUUUUCGAGCUGAAAUACAUAAAACUCAUGGUUUUUUCAUAGUUUUCAGCUCGAAAACUAUCAUUUUUUUUCGAAAAUCCCUGAAAAUCGCGAUUUUUCAGCUGAAAAUUGUGAUUUCCAAGGAUUUGGGCAGAAAAUCUGAAAUUUGGCUUGAAAUUUGAAAGUUUGCCUUGAAAUUCACGUUUUUUUGGAUGAAAUCGCAACUUUCUAGGUGGUUACUAACAAGGAAAGGUUUUCAAUGUUCCCCCAAGGAAAAAAUCGAGAGUAUAUGGAAUGUUGAGGGUUCCCAUGGGUAAGAAAAACCCUAACAGGAAUAAGGAGAAAAAUGCCUUGUUUUAGAAAAUUUUGGUGUUAUUGAUUUUUGCGAUGAAAUUUUUAGAAAAAUCGAAACUUUUUCAAAAUUGAUGAAAAAUUUCAGUCUAAAAAUCCAUUUGUAGCGCAAACGGCGUACUUUAGUAUUACUUCGACUAAAAUUAGGAAUAAAAUAAUUUUGGUCCCAAAAGUCCACUAAAUCAAAUUUCUAGUUUGAAAAAUUCAUAGAAAAUCAACGUUUUCGUUGUGAAGGAGAAGUUUGUGUGAAUCGAGACUAUGAUUUUUGGAUUCUACGGACCAAAUUACGUCUGUUGACCGUCAUAAAUUUUUCAACUUCCGUUCAUUUGAAAAUAGAAAAAAUUAUUUUUUGUGUUUUUUGGUGACCAUUUGUUCAGAAAAACCCCGACUAAAAAAACCAAAUUUCAAAAAAUGUCUAAUUUUUUGAUAAAAAGUUUCACAAACACGUAAUCGACCAUUCUGAACAACUUCCACGACUCAAAAGUUCAUGAAAUAGAUUCAAAAUAGAGUUACAGAUGCUCUAAAAAUCAAAAAAUGGUGUAAAAAUCGACCUAAAAAUACAUUUUUUUCUCGAGAAUAAGGAAUUUUUCUCCUUAUUCCCGUUAGGGUUUUUCUUACCCACGGGAACCCUCAACAUUCCACAUACUCUCGAUUUUUUCCUUGGGGGAACAUUGAAAACCAUUCCUUGUAAGCCUAAUCCUGAAGUGAUGUUGAAAUUUUGAAAUAAUUCUUAUACUUUCAACAUCAUGUUCAGGUUUUUUUAGACUUAUACUUAGCAAACCCCCUAGAAAGUUGCGAUAUGUCCCGAAAAAACAUGAAUUUCAAGCCAAACUUUCAAAUUUCAAGCCAACUUUCAGAUUUUCUGCCCAAAAUCCUUGGAAAUCACAAUUUUCAGCAUAUAAAUCGUGAUUUUCAAGGAUUCUCAGCAAAAAAUCUGAAAAUUUGCUCGAAAUUCAUGUUUUUCGCGAGAAAAAAAAGUUUCAGCCAAAAUUUGGAAUUUCAGCCCAAAAUUAAGAAAAUUUGGAAUUUUCAGCUUUGCCUUGACCCGGAACCUUGAAUUUUCAAAUUUCAAGGUUUCCAGCGAGGGAAAAGCUGGAUUUUCAAUCAAAAAUGAUGAAAAUCUUGAAUUUUUCAGCUUAUCCUCAACCAUAAAGCUUGAUAUAUGAGAAUUCUUGCUUUUGAUUGAAAAAAAGCUGGAUUUUUAACCAAAAAUGAUGGAAAUCUGAAAUUUUCAGCUUUUCCCAGACCCGAGAUCUUGAAAUUUGAUAAUGCAAGGUUUCGAGCGAGGGAAAAGCUGGAUUUUCAGCCAAAUUUCUAGAAACAUCCAAAUUUUGGGCCAAAUCAGACCGUAUUUUCAAGAAAAUCUGUAAUUUUGGGCCCUGAGUCUGGUUUUCAACAAAAAUCGGAAUUUUUGACAAAAAAAUGGGAAAAAUUUGAAAUUUCAGUCAAAUUUCUAAAAAAAAAUCCAAAUUUUGGGCCACAUUUCGAUAAAAAGGCCAAAUUUUUGAAAAAAUCUGUAAUUUCGGGUCCAUUUAACUUUUUUCGAACAUUUUCGCAAAAAUAGUGGACACGUUUUUGUUGACUUUUCCUCAAUUUUCUUUCAUUUCGAAAUGGAUUCAAAAAUGAGCACCGAGUUUGAACCACGAGUCAACAAAGCUCAAGUGAGUUCUAUUAUUAGAAAAUUAGCCUAGAUAAGCCGAGUUUUACUAAAGUUAUUAGAGUAUAGGAAGAUUGUGAAAGUUCAUAUCUUACAAUUCGCAGAAGUGCUUCGCUAUGUUUAUACCAAUACCAUUUUUCAGAUUGCGGCACGAGAUUUUCAAUCAACAACAAGCUGCCGCAGAGUCAAAAAUAAUUAUUUAUGUUAUAACUUCUGUAUUUAGAGUAAAUAAAUAUCAUUGUUUCAAUAUAUGAUGUUAAUUUAGUGUUCAAUUCAGCUUUUCUAGCGCUUAUCGAGCUUUUUCAGAUCCAAAAACGCUUUUUGGAAGGUUUGCUGCGUUAUUUCGAGCGACGGCGCGUCAAUUGAUGCGCUAUUUCGGGCGACGGCGCGUCGUUCUGAUGCGCCAGUUCGGGCGACGGCGCAUCAUCUGAGGCGCUGUUUCGGGCGACGGCGCCCGGCUGUUUGAUGCGCCUAUCGCCCCAGAUGGUAGCAACAGCGCCCCAGAAGUCAGCAAGUGGCGCAUCACUUUAUCCGAGUAUUUUCAGCAACAACAAAACGUGCAUUUGACGAAGAACGACCAAUGUUGGAAGAAAGUGACGAAGAUUCACCAGCCAGACAUCCAUCUUCAUCGGGUUUCUUUGAUGAUAUGUGA